GGCAGCGGCAGAGCGCGGCGGCCGCCAUGGUGCUGGUGGUGGUGAUGGGCGUCAGCGGCUCAGGGAAGACCACGGUUGGGUCGCGGCUGGCUGAGAAGUUGGGAUGGAAAUUCUACGAUGCAGACGAUUAUCAUCCUCUAGAGAAUAAGAAGAAAAUGGAAAAAGGGAUACCACUAAACGAUGAGGACAGGAUUCCUUGGCUUUGUGCACUGCAUGAUAUACUAAGGAGAGAAGACACAUCUAGACAAGAUACAAUUCUGGCCUGUUCUGCACUGAAAAAGAUGUACAGGCGUGUGUUAAUUGGUGGAGCAUCUGCAAUUGAAAGCAACAAGCCAGAGCAACCAGGAGAAAACCCAGCACUGAAGAUCCUCUUUGUUCAUUUGGAUGGACCUAAGGACAUAAUUGCUGCCUGCUUGGAGAAGCGGAGAGGUCAUUUUAUGCCACUUGAACUUCUCCAGUCUCAGUUUGAUACUCUAGAGCCACCCAGUGCACCAGAAAAUUUCAUUACUGUCAGUCUAGAAAAACCUCUUCCAGAAAUACUCCUACAGAUUGAGACCGCCAUUCUUCAGGGUGAGGCUUUGCCAGAGUAAUUUUCUGAAUGACACAUAUAGAAAUUCCCUGAAGGAUAGCAGGGCAAAGAGACAGAAUUUUAAUUAUCAAAUUGAUUAUUAAAUCAAACCAAAUUAUUUUUAAGAGCAGGUUUACUACUUUUUUUUUUUUUUUUUUAUCAUGGCUCUGUAAAAGACAUUUAAAAUGUCUUUACAUCUUUUGCAUAUAUAAGAUGCAAGAAUUGUUAACUUUUUAAGCCCUUCACUCCAUUAAGUUAAAAUUCUCCUUUUAGUAAGAGGUUGCUUUUGAAAAUUCUGGCAGGGGUCACACAGAAUAAUUUAUUUUCUUAAUAUUUAGUCUGUCAGACACUGAGAUGGGCACAUCUGCUAUUACAAGAUUAAAUAGUUUAGCUGUGUUAAAAAUAACGUCAUUUUCCUAGAAGAAGCAGGAACAUGCAUGAUGAAGUUCCAUACAUGACACUACCCCUGUCUCACUGCUGGAUUUUCAUCAAGUUGUACAUUCUGUGUUUGUAUUCUUGUUGACCUCAGCAGAGCACUGAUGACUUCAUGAGAAUUUUUCUGAUCUCUUACUGUAUGUACUGGCCACCAAACUGAAAAAUGUGAGGAAAAAAAAGGUAGUGGGGGCGAUGCAGUAUACAAAAUUUAAUUGAAUGGAAAGCUUUAGAAAUAAAGUAGAAGUGGCAUCAUA